UCUCGCAACAGGCUCACUUUGACUCUCGAAGACCAAUGACCAGGACGUCAACACCAUAGCUGACCUCUUACAUGUACCAGAAGGAGAACGUGGAAUUGAGAAAGAAGGAAACUGAGAUCAAGCAGCAAUUGGAAGGCGACUUGGCGGCCUUGAGGUGGGAAAUUCGGGAUCUGAAGGAAAAUAGGGAGAUCAUGGGACGGAGUGAACUUACUAAGCAGAUUGAUGAUCUGCGGGCAGAGAUGGAAGCUUUACGAAAGCGGAAUGAGGAGACGGAGGAGGUGGCGCAGCUUUGGCGCAAUGAAGCUUUGCGGCCGGGAAACAAGCGUGGUAGCAUUAACAUAUCAACUCCGGCUAGCGAAGGUCGGGCAGCGAUUCGGUUAAGGACCGCAACAACGCCGGAGGAGACAAGGCGGUUGCGAGCUGAGUUGUGCGACUUGCAGGAGAGAAGGCGAUGUGAUCAGACGGAGGUUGACAUGCUAAAAGAACGGAGUUCUGCAGCAGAGGUCGGACGACUGAAGGCCGAAGCCGAGAUUGCACGCCUGCGAGAACAGAUGAGCCAGCUUGCUACUGAUGGAGCGGGCUGCAGCACACCAGGGGGACAGGGGACGAACCUAAAAGAAAAGAUGGAGGAGGCCGCCAAAACGGGCUAUCGCACUGGACGGAGAGGACGGGUGAAGAUGACGCCCGGGAGGCUGCCUCGCUCAGACGGGAGUGCUUCAAGGGCAAACGAUAGAUAUGUGUUUCUUCAAGAAGAACGGAAGCGCUUGCGAGCACUGAAGAAGUCGGGCUUGGAACCAUUGUGCAGAGAGAUGGGUGUCGCAUACAAGAACAUGGACAUCACGGUAGAAGAGUUGGCGCAAUUGAAUGCGGAAAGGAUGUUUGGGGGAAGCAGUGAAGGGCUGGACAAGGUGGAUGUUGAACAGGGUCGAGGAAAGACACCCUCGGAGGACAGCAACAUUGCGGUCAUGGAAGAAAUCGGCUUCGGCCCUCCCUCCCGCCCUGUCCUAUCUUCGUCGCCGCCGACCUCGUUGUCGUCGUUGCCACAUCAUCGACAUCAUCGUUACCUCGUCACCGUCAUCGUCGCCACGUCAUCGCCAUGGACGUCGCAGUCGUCGCUGCCACGUCAUCGUCAGCAAUGCCUCGUACCCACUGCCGCUGCCAUCGUCGACGCGCAGGUAGGCUUGCUGGCAAGCAAUAUCUUGGUGGAAGGGACAGAAUCUGAUGAUGUUGAGAAUGGGCGGUUCGGCUGCCGAGUGGAUGUCACUAAAUUUGAAGAUCGCCAAGGCCAAGCUAAGAUAUCAAAUGUAUUCUUCAGAUUCUGCGGACAGGCUGGUUGGAGUGACACAAACACCGAGGCUGUUAGUUUCAGCUUGCUUGAUGAUGAUUCUGCUGUAUCAUACGUAAGAAAAAGCAGUUUUGCAGAUUCGUACAGCUCAGCAGUCGCAGUACGGUUGAGCAGUGGUAAGGACAUAUUUUCUUUUUUCAACAGAACGAAAAAGCUCCUUUUGUUUUUGUUAACAUCCUCAGAGCUUACUGUUCGGAGUGAUAAGAGCAGCUCCCAAUAGCAGGGACCCAUUUUGGAUGGCUCCAAUCAAUUGGAGGGGAGCUG